GUGCAUUUUAAAAAGCUUCAUGUCACGUAAAAAUAGAGCAAAGCUUUUAAUGUGCAGUUAUGAGAUGAGCCUGCAUCUUAACCAUGACACAAAAAAGUGGAAUUACAAAGAUGUGAAUGGAGAGGAACAGCAGGAAAGAACAGAGAAUAGAAAGAAAAAAGGUCAAGAGACUGUGACAUUGAAGUGGGUCUGUUACAAAAGAAUGUAAG